AUGGCCGAGAAAAAGUCGAUCAUAUGGAAUUUGCAGCCAAUUCAUCUCGGGUUCAGCUAUUAUUUGAGAACGUCGCCCGACGGAACUGAUAUCACUACUCGUGGAAUUGUUCGCUUCAGAUUACCAUUGAAGAAAUUGCAUAAUAAUAAUCAAACAGUCGAGGGAUUUCACAUAAUAAUUGUUGAUUCUCACGGAAAUCAUAUUGCCGGAUACACCAUGAAAUUGAUAGCAUCUGUGGAAAAAUUUAAAAGAGAGAAAGAACUCAUGGAAGUUCAAAUGGAUUUUGACGACGUUUUACAACUCGGCCGAAGUUAUCUUGCAAUGGUACACCUCCUACCAAUUGGGGAUCAGAUAGUGCCAACGUAUCCAGUGACUUUGCUCCCUGAUGUUGAAGAUAGAUCGCAUUGUUCUAGCAUGACACGUUUGUCUGCGAAAUGGGCUGCGCACAUGAACAUCACCAUUAACGACGGCAAUGGUGAUGUCGCGGUGCUUUGGCAGCCUGCUCCGAAAUUCUUGUGUAUUCAAACGUACGAGGUGACAGUGAGAUAUCGUAAUGGACGUAUUAUCAACUCAACGGAAGUUGUAAUUUUAUUGGAUGUAUUCAAUACUUACGUCAGUUUCAAAGGCCUCCCGAGAAAUGAGAGUUUGAUCAUUGACACUGGAAUGGCAGCCAAUGAAUAUGUAAAGGCUGAAGAUGUGACAAAAGCAGCACAACCAUCAAAUGCGACAUCUGCACUUUUUGUGAUCUUCUUCAUAAUUGGCCUCGCUUCACUCGUCGUUUUCUUAGGACUCGUUAUAAAAAGAUAUAAUAAGGAGUUGAAGAAUAAUUUGGUGAUUCGGAACGCUGGAAAUAUUUUCUUUCCCGGCAAAAACAACAAAAAAUUCAAAUGCUUUUUGGUUUGUCCAAUGGCUUAUGGAGAUGAGGAGAUAUACAUGAAACGCAUUUGUCUUGGAUUGAAAAAUUCAAAAAACGAUGUUGUAUGCGAGAAAUUUGACGAGUGCAGCGCAGAGGCCGAAUUGAACAUGUUCCAAUGGAUCUACAAGCAAACUACAGUUGCGGAUAAGAUUAUAAUUGUACACUCAAGUUCGAAUCGCGGCGGCUAUGGAGUCUAUGAUGUCAUUCUGGCUAGUUUCCCUUCAACCGACAAAAAACUAGUGCAUGUACUUUUAUCGCCGAAGGUGAAAUCUGAAAUACGAAGGGAAGUCGAAUAUAUACUACCUCGAGAUGAACAAAUCUUCGAAAACGCGUUCAAUAUGAAAAUACCAGCGGAGCUACCUCCAGUUGAGAAACCAUCGUCGCGAAUUCAAAAAUGUGAAGAUAUUUCAAUAAUUUGCGAGGAACAGUUUGACACUACACAAAAAACUGUUACUAUGGAUUCUGGAGUCUCGUCGAUGUCGAGCAACAGCUCCUACACACAGGAACCGACUGACGUUUUCAUAUCGACUUCUGACUUCCCAUUAAAAGAAAUGAAAAUAGAAACACAUCCAUUGCUUCAUCAUGAAAUUGAAAUUUAA